AAAAUCUUCUUUGCCACUUGACCAAUAAAGACCACUAAUUUAAGUUGUUCAGAAAAAGCAGCAAAACCAAAGCCAAUUCCGAUUAAACAAACCUGACGGUUAUCCCACCGUUCAUCCGACGGCGACAGCUAAUUCAGCCCUUGACUUUGUCUGCAAUAAAAACCUACCCAUAAAUUUAUUUUUUCUUCAAUCAAAAAAUAAAUAUUGUACUUUAUUUUUUUUGUCUUUCUUUGAUAACAUUUGUUAUUCUUUAAUGUCACUUUCUGGGUUUUAGUUGUCAAUCAUUCCAUUUUUUCUGCUGGAAUACUCUCUUUCAGCAAUCACCAGAUUCAGCACCAACUACUAUUACCCACCUUUUCCCCUUCUUCUUCUUCUUCUUCUUCUUCUUCUUCUUCGAUUUCGAACCCUUUUUUUUUUGUUUUUCAGCAGGAAAUUUAAGGAUUCAUGUUCAUCAGUUUCUCAGCCAAAUCUUUGCUCCAAUUUUAUUGAUUCAGAGCUCAUUUGAUCUAGUAAGCUGCAAUAAUUUUACUUAUUUUGUCAGUUUCCUUUUCUGGCUAUUUGAUAUUUUUUGCGGUUUAUUUUUGUUUCUACUUUUAGACUGUUACAACAUCGAAAACCCUUCAUUUUCUGCUCCUUUUUGCUAGAUUCUUGAUUCAUUCAUUUUAUUGGGUUUGUUGCUAGAUUUUAUGGGUUUUUGAUGACUUGGGAUUUUGGGUAUAGUAUCCUGUAAAAAACCCUGAAAUUUGUUCAAGUUUAUGAGCUAAAAUGCCCUGCCUUAAGUUUCCGGUUGAUGAUUUUCAUUUUCUUGAUUCAAUCUACUGGAUGAGUUAUUGAUCUGUUUUCCCUUCCAAAAUCCGACUUGGGAACCUAGUGUUUUUCCUCGAUUAAGAUCCAUAAGUUUGUUUAGUAAUGAAUUUGUAUCAAAUGCUUGUCAAAGUGGUCAUAUGGAUUUCCAUAAUGGUAUCUCUAGCCUCCUUUUUAGGGAAGGCUAAUGUUGCUGCAACUAAUUACCUCAUAGAUUGUGGAUCCUCUCAAAAUACCACUGUUGGGGAUCGUGUUUUCGCGGCUGAUCGAUACUCGACCCGAUUUCUUUCCAGUCCACAAAAUGUUUUAGGGAGUUCUAGUAGCAGCUCUUCCAAUUUGGCAAUUUAUCAAUCUGCCAGAAUUUUCACAGAAUCAUCUAGGUAUUCAUUGCCUAUCUCCCAGAUGGGAAGAUACUUUAUUCGGCUUUAUUUCUCCCCGUUUGAUCAUGGAACAUACAGAAUGAGCAGUGCUACCUUUAGUGUUUCAGCUCAACAAUUUACACUCCUUAGUGAUUAUACUCCAGAGAGAUCUCCUAUAGUUAAAGAAUACUCAGUGAAUGUGACAUCAGACACCCUUGUUAUCACCUUCAGCCCCUCAGGGAGCUCUUUUGCUUACCUAAAUGCAAUUGAAGUUGUCUCCGUCCCAGAUUCACUCAUUUCAGAUGAUGCUAGCUUACUCAGUCCAACUGGAAGGUACAGCGGUCUAGUGACGCACGCAAUGGAGACAGUUGCCAGGGUAAAUAUGGGAGGACCAUAUGUCAACUACAAUAAUGAUACCCUAUGGAGAACUUGGGUUGUCGAUGAUCGUUUCUUGUUGAACAAUGCAUCUGCUGUUGAUUUGAAUAAUACUGCGGCUGUCCAGUAUAAACAAGGCCAUGCAACAAGGGAUAGUGCUCCAGUUAGUGUUUAUGGCUCAGCCAAAGAAAUGAACUCGAUGAAUAAUCCCACAGCUAAUUUCAAUGUUACAUGGGAGUUCGAUGUGGAGAUGGGGUAUCAAUAUCUUGUGCGGUUUCACUUGUGUGAUAUAUUGAGUACAUCCUUGGAUCAGUUGUAUUUUAAUGUUUAUCUUAAUUCCUGGAUUGUUUCUCGUGAUACUGAUCUUAGUACUUUGACUGGUGCUUUGGCAACCCCGGUUUUUAUUGAUGCUGUUACACCAUUGGCUACUAGCAACAAGCUUCGGAUAGCAGUUGGCCCAUCUCCUGUAUCUAAUGUGUACCCUAAUGCGAUAUUGAAUGGUGUGGAGGUUAUGAAGCUCAAUAAUUCUAGGGGCAGCCUCAGCGGGAAGGUUCUUGUCCAUAUACCUUCAAAGAAAAGCUCAAAAGAAGUAGGGCUGAUAGUGGGUGUUGUUGGGGGUGUUUCUGUUCUUGUAUUGGCUGCUAUCCUUUUCAUCUUCUGUAAAAGAAGUAAACUUAAACGUCAAGGUCUUUCAAAAACGUGGAUUCCUCUGUCCCUUACUGGAGGGACUUUCCACUCAACGGGAAGUAAAUACUCCCAUACUACAGCUACAAGUGUUGAUUUCAACUUGAGUUAUCGAAUUCCUUUUGCAGUGGUUCAAGAAGUUACAAACAAUUUUGAUGAGAGUUUAGUUAUUGGAAUUGGUGGUUUUGGGAAAGUGUACAAAGCAGUCUUAGCUGAUGGUACAAAAAUUGCUGCCAAGAGGGGUAAUCCUCGGUCCCAACAAGGUCUUGCAGAAUUCAGAACUGAAAUCGAAAUGCUGUCACAAUUCCGUCAUAGACACUUGGUUUCUUUGAUUGGAUAUUGUGAUGAAAAAAAUGAGAUGAUUCUGAUCUAUGAGUAUAUGGAAAACGGGACCCUCAAGAGUCAUCUCUAUGGUUCAGGCCUUCCUAGUAUGAGUUGGAAGCAGAGGCUUGAGAUAUGUAUAGGAUCAGCCAGAGGUCUCCAUUACCUUCACACUGGCUAUUCAAAAGCUGUAAUCCAUCGCGAUGUAAAAUCAGCAAAUAUUUUGCUUGAUGAAAACUUCAUGGCCAAAGUUGCUGAUUUUGGGCUUUCGAAGACGGGACCUGAGAUUGAUCAGACCCAUGUAAGUACAGCUGUCAAGGGUAGUUUCGGAUACCUUGAUCCUGAAUAUUUCAGGAGACAGCAACUUACUGAGAAGUCUGAUGUGUACUCAUUUGGGGUUGUCUUAUUUGAAGUACUUUGUGCAAGGCCAGUUAUAGACCCCACACUUCCCAGGGAGAUGGUGAAUUUAGCAGAAUGGGCAAUGAAAUGGCACAAGAAAGGGCAACUGGAUCAAGUUGUAGAUCCCACUCUUGCUGGAAAGGUGAAACCGGAGUCACUCAGAAAGUUUGGAGAAACAGCUGAAAAGUGUUUGGCUGAUUACGGUGUUGACAGGCCUACAAUGGGAGACGUGUUGUGGAACUUGGAGUAUACUCUUCAACUACAAGAAGCCGUUAUUCUAGAUGACCCUGAAGAUAACAGCACUAACAUGAUAGGUGUUCUAUCUCCACAAAUCAACAAUUUCAGUGAGAAUGAUAACAGUGUUACUUCUGUAACUCAGGACACAACCACUGUUGAGGAUCAUUCUGGUGUUUCUAUGAGUAAGGUCUUUUCACAGAUAGUAAAGAGUGAGGGUCGUUAACUUAUAUUUUCGAUGUCUAGAGAGAAUUGUUUCUUCUCUUUUGGUUGGUAAGAGCUGCUGCCGAUAUCCCCCAGGAAGUUUGGACGAGAAUAAUUAUCUUUCUGUACAAAAGUGAUGGUUUAAAAACUGUUGUAUGUUUUUUGGAACCUGCUGUUAACAUAGAACCAUACUUGUCGUCUUCUUUUUCCAUCUUUUGGAUGCCAAUGAGAAAGCUUCCCUUUUUGUAUUCUUGUCCUCCCUGUAAUGAUCUGUUUUCUUGUGCUUAAAUUAGAAUUCCAGGCAAAGUUGUUAUGAUUGAUUCCCAUACUCAAAUAAUUGUAUCCUUGUUGCAGAGCUAAUUAUAUGCUUAUGAUUAUUCCA